UGUACACACAACGCCUCGCUGUUACUUAUAUGUGCUUGACGGACUCUGGGCUCACAGAUAAACCUGAUAGAGAGAGAAGUGGAUGAUCUGACAACGACGGAGAGGUUAAUCGAUUACUGUGUCUCACUCACUGACAGUCAACAACUGUUUUUGGGAAAGGUGCACGGUAUCAGACGCCGACCUGACGGGACUCUGCGGUUCACCUGAGACGCACGACGACAUCGUUUGCAUGAAACUGUGGCCAGAUAAAAGCAGUGGAUGCAACUACGCUCCAUUUAUAGAAGAAAGGUGGAAGAGCGGGAGAAGCCCUGAAGAGGACCAGCUGACCAUCAGCAGUGACACCUCAGCGAAAACGUCCCCCAAACCCAGCCUGAAAAUGUCGCUCAGCACUUUCCACCUCAUGCAGACCCUCAAGAACUCCCCCGCUGCGCUGCGUCGCCGCUUUCGCCGGGACCGCACAGAGUCUCUGUCCCACGGUGACCCUCUUUUCAAGGUCCACUACUUGGGAACGGAGAAAAUCUUCUCUCUGGAUCGAGAGCAGGCCCAGGAAGCUAUUAGCCACUUGCUGGAGGGUAUUGCUAACGGGAAGAAGCUGAGCAAGGAUCACGCCCUGGUGGUGCGUCCAAGAUACGUUGAGGUCAAGGAACUGAGUACGGGUCGGCAGCUCACAAAGACAUACCUGCAGGACAUUGCGUACUGCGCUGCAGAUGCGAACCGACCCAAUGUCUUCCUGUACAUCUGCAAGCAUCAAGGACAGCAGCUGCAGUGUCGGGUGUUCUGGUGCAGCCGGGCUGAGCGGGCGCGAGAUAUGACGGCCUGUCUGGCGCACUCAUUCCAGCAGGCGCUGAGCGACUGGCAGCAGGACGGCUCGGCCACAUUGCUGCCAGGAGAAAUGAAGGGGAAACGUGGAGACGAGUCGUCAAACACUGCUGCCAACAAGAGCUCUACGCUUCCUGCCAGUCUGGGAAAAGUUCAGUGGAAGAAGAGAGGCUCUGUGUCACGCAGCCCCCUCAGGGCCAUCACCAGAAGAGGAUCUGGCUCCGACAGCUGGAACUGA